GGGUGUCCCCAGUGGCCACUGCCUGUCCUGUCCGCUUCCCUGACUCUGCCCAACUGCUGCCACCAGGCCCCAGACACCUGCUCAGCUCGGGGAGAAUGGCCGCUCUGUACACGCUGUGGAUGGGGCUGGCCCUGCUGGGGGCCCUGGGAAUCCUGCAGACCCCGGCAGAGGCCCAGGUCUCCCCACAGCCCGACUUCCAACAGGACAAGUUCCUGGGAGAGUGGUUCACCUCGGGCUUCGCCUCCAACUCGAGCUGGUUGCGGGAGAAUGAGGAUCAACUAUACGUGUCCAAGUCGGUGGUGGUCCCGAUGGAGAACGGUGGCCUCAACUUCACCAAUAUCUACAUCAGCAAAGACCAAUGUAAUACCCGGAGUCUACUGCUGCAGCCAGAGGGCACGCCGGGCUACUAUAGCUACAAGAGUCCCGGCUGGGGCAGCACGCGUGAAGUGUGGAUGGUGGACACAGACUACGAGGAUUACGCCUUGCUGUACACCGUGGGCACCAGAGACCUCGGCCAGGACGCCCACGUGAUCUUUCUCUACAGCCGCAGCCAGACCCCGAGCGACGAAGUGAAGGAGAAGUUCACUACCUACGCCAAGGCCAAGGGCUUCACAGAGGACAGCAUCGUCUUCCUGCCCCAAAUGGAUAAGUGCCUGGAGUAGCACAAAUAGCUGCAGCCCUGCGAUCUCGGCCAGGUGACCCCAGCCAUCAGGACCUGGCCGGCCCGCCCUGCUCGCUUCUGCUCCAAGACCCCAGCCCUGGCUCUUCCCACCACCGUCUCUGCCCUCGGCUUUAUCCUGCCUCUGAGAAUAAACUGGAAGCAAGUCAGCAGCCUG